CGCGUAGUAGAUGGGCGUACGUUAAAUUAAUGGAUUGAAUUCGAUAUUGUUUUUAUUUGCGCAGAAGUGUUUUGAAGGCGACAAUGGUGGUUAAAGGUUUCGUUUGAUUGUUUGUUAACUGCAUUAAGUGAUGUGUUAGGCGGAACUGAAUGUGAAGUUUGGGAUUUUUUAGUGUGUAAAAAUUGUGAUAGUGAUCACCAUGCCGGGUCUUAUAGGCAUUGGUGAAUUUAUCGAGGAAACUCGUGAGGAUUACAAUUCGCCGACGACUUCCACAUUCGUGUCGCGUAUGCCGCAAUGUCGGCAGAUCAUCGGUGCAUUGGAAGAGACCUUGGAUUUCGACCGAGAUGGCCUAGCAAAGCUAAAGAAGGCCAUUAAGGCGAUACACAAUUCUGGAAAUGCCCACGUGGACAACGAGAUGUACCUCUCCCGGGCGCUGGAACGCCUGGGGGGGAACGCUCUCAGUAAAGACUCUGAGCCGGACAUCGGAGCUGCGUUCUUCAAGUUCGCUGUGGUUACUAAGGAGUUGUCUGCGCUUAUGAAAACGCUGAUGCAAAACAUAAACAACAUAGUUAUGUUCCCGGUGGACAGUCUUCUAAAGGGUGACCUCCGAGGCGUCAAAGGCGACCUAAAGAGGCCAUUCGACAAAGCAUCCAAAGACUACGAGUCCAAGUACCUGAAGAUUGAGAAAGAGAAGAAAUCGCAGGCGAAGGAAGCUGGUCUUAUUCGCAGCGAGGUCACACCAGCGGAGAUAGCUGAUGAGAUGGAGAAGGAACGGAGGCUGUUCCAGUUGCAGAUGUGUGAGUACCUGAUAAAGUUCAACGAGAUAAAGACGAAGAAGGGCAUAGAGUUACUACAGCAUUUGGUGGAAUAUUACCAUGCGCAGACGAACUACUUCCAAGAUGGACUGAAGACGAUAGAGCAUUUUGGAGUGUAUGUGGCGGAUUUGAGUGUACAACUGCAGAAGAUUCGGCAGCAGCAAGACGACGAGAGGAAGAGGCUGUUGGAGUUGCGGAAUAUGCUGCGGGCAGCUGCUCCGCAGGAUAGGGAGGUAGCGUCAUCGUUAGGCGGUUACUCGCUACACCAACUUCAAGGCGAUAAGCAACAUGGCGUCACACGGAGCGGUUAUUUGCUCAAAAAGUCCGAAGGGAAAGUCCGAAGAGUGUGGCAGAAACGACGGUGCCGGGUCACAGCUGAGGGAUAUUUGGAUAUCUUCCACGCGGACGAAAACAAACCGCCCGCGAGGGUCAAUCUUCUUACGUGCCAAAUCAAAGUCGCCGCUGAUGAUAAGCGGGCGUUUGAUCUAGUCUCAUAUAACCGUACUUACCACUUUCAAGCCGAGGAUGACAGCGAGCAGCGAGCGUGGGCGUCAGUUCUAGUCAACUGCAAGGAAGGUGCUCUGAUGAGGGCCUUCCACCAGCAGGCGGGGGAAAGCAAUGAUUCAGGGCAUUCUUUACUGGACCUACAGCGGUCCAUUAUCAGGGCUGUGAGGGCUAUGCCGGGGAACCAAGUGUGUGCAGAUUGCGGGUCUACCAAUGAUCCCACAUGGCUAUCAACAAACUUCGGCGUGAUAGUCUGUAUAGAAUGUUCUGGAAGCCACCGGGAGCUAGGAGUGCACAUAUCCCGGAUCCAGUCUCUCACGCUCGACCGGCUGAGCACAUCGCAGUUGCUCAUCGCGAGGCAUAUGGGCAACCAGAUGUUCAAUGAGAUUAUGGAGAAUAUGCUGGAUGAAAGGGACAAGUUGACGCCGGAAAGCUCAAUGGAAGAACGGCUAAGGUUUAUCCGAGAGAAAUACGUAUAUAGAGCGUGGGCCGCGCAAACGUGUAGAGACGCGGCAGAAAAACUAUCAGAAGUCGAACAUGCAGUCAACAACGGUCACUUACAAAACUUACUGCAAGCGUACGCAGAAGGCGCGGACUUGGCUGCGACACUACCUUGCUCAGACUGCGGCGAAACGGCGUUACACCUAGCAAUCUCCCGGGAACUAGGCGACGGUUCCUUUCUCCACAUAGUUGAUUUUCUAGUCCAAAACGGAGGCGCCCAACUCCUAGACAAAACAACAUCUUCUGGUAUGACUGCGUUACAUUUAUGUGCAGCGACGGAUAGGACAGAACCUAUGAAGUUAUUGUUAAAAGCGGGAGCUGAUGUUAGUAUCAAAGAUGGGAGUGGAAGGACAGCGUUGCUAAUUGCAAGGACGCUAGGACACCACGCGUGUCAAGAAUUGCUGGAAAAUGUAGACAAGCGGGAGAAAAGUAUGUUUGAGAAUAUCAACAUCGACUGGAACUUGUCGCAUGACGAUGGCUCGACAGACUUCUCUGAUGAUGACACAGUCAUCGAUGAAAGGCAAAAUGGAAGUGUAACGCCUGAAAAGAAAUGUCCACGGUCUCGGCCGCCGUCAUAUGCUGGCGCUGGGGAGCGCGAACGUUCGGGCGGCGAUUCCCCCGUGCUUCGGUCGCGGUCGUCAACUUGUGACUCACUACACCACCCGCCUACGCCCACGCCAGGCACGCUGCCUAGGAAACCUAACGUCUACAACAUCGGCAGCCUGAAGAAACGCGCAGCACCAUUACCACCCGCCGUGGCGUUAGCGCACCCGCCGCCGCACCCGCGCUCCACGCCGUCGCCGUCCGCGGACAGCACACGAUCCUUACAUAUGACCCACGGCGCGACAAAGCCGCGACCGGCGCAGCCGCCGCCGACGCCGCCGCCGGGCUCGCUGCUUAACGGCGCGCAUCGCGACGAGCCCACGCCGCCACCAAGAAAGAAGAAAAAUAGAUUGCACCUGGAUAAGGCGAAAGCGAAACUGAGAAGGGAAUGUUCUAGUCAAGACUCAUCACUGGAGCUGUGCGACAUAUCGGACGGUUUAGACGACAGUCGACUCGGAGCGUUGUCGUGUGACAGUUCAAGAUCUCGCGAACGCGGCCGACGGAGCGACAGCCGCUCAUUGGACGUUUCGGACACCUCUAGUGUCCAUUCUCGGUCGCCAUCUGCGUCUAUUACCAUGGUACGUGUUACACUUAUGGGUGUAGGCAUGCGCCGCUGCCGCGCGCUAUACGACUGCUCCGCCGACAACGAGGACGAGCUGUCCUUCCGCGAAGGCGAAGUCAUCGUCGUCAUCAACGAGCGCACCGAGGACGACAACUGGAUGGAAGGCCAAGUAGAAGGGACCGCGCGACGAGGCAUGUUCCCCGUCUCUUUCGUACACAUGCUCCCAGACUAGGAGCGAGCGAGAUGGCUGUAGGUUUGAUAGCUAGGUUCCUUUUAACAUGCCCAGUGCAAUCUAUGCUGAUUUGAAACCGCUUUGAGUUUGUACGUCGUUGACAUAUACAGUCGAUUGAGUAUUCAAACGAAUUUUAUAGUCUACUGUGUGCGGAUUAGGAAUAAAAGAGACGGGUGUAGUUCUCAUAGCUAUGUAGUUGUUCUUUUUAACACUCUCAGUGCCAUGCUAAGAAUUGAAAACCCAGUCGAAUGUGUACUUCAUCGAGGAUAAGUUAUACGGUCGGUUGAGUUUUCAAACGAUGGUUUUUGUAUAUUUACCGAGCGCAAUAGUUAAGAUACAUGAGAUAUUUUUGGGCAAUGACGUAGUAGAAAAAUUCAAACAUAUUAAAUGUGACAUUUUCAGGUAAAAUGUACCACAUUGCCACUUAUACAAACGACGAAAUUGCUAACACGAGCGUCCUUUUACUUAAGCGACAAUGUGAUACAUUACGUUUGAGUACGCCACAAACAAUAUGGAGUACUUAUUUUUAUUGUGUAAAUAGUUAAAUUAUCGACACCCGUGAACGCCAAAGAAUAUUUCACGCUACGAAAUACAAGCACUUUUCAGCUAAGCACUGGCCGUGUUAAAUAUUGGAUAUAUUGUUCCUUUCAAAUUUGAGGAUAAGAAUAACUCUCAGAAAGGUCUAUGCAAUGUCUUGUGAACGUGUCGUGUCAUACAAAAUUGGUUGUAAUAGAUGUUCUGUGUUCAAAGUGGAUAAAAUGCUAUAUGAUAUACCAUGUCCAGAGUAUAAAUACUGGAUCUAGUAUAUCGUGUAGAGGAAUAACUAUGUAAUUUUGAAAUCGUACGUGACUGUGUACAUUUUUAAAGUGUUCAGGAGUGAAUCAUUAAAAUUUAAUACAUUUUGGUCUGAAAGUUAUCUUGUAAUUCAGACAGUUUCAUCUGUCUAUAUGUGUGUGUUACACGCUUUGUAAGACUGUAAGCGUGUGCUUCUAUUCGCUUAGGCGUGCCCUAUCUUUGUUAUUUCGAAAUGACAAUUGUUGAUUGAAACGCAGUCUGCCUUCGUCGCGCCAAUAUGGCACAGCGAGAGAGAUAGCUACAAUAACGGUAUUGUCGUAAGCGUUUGUGUGAUACCCAGAACAUUUCUUCGACAAACGCGAACCCCAUUUUUGGCCCCAUUAGGGUUAAGCUUUCCGCAGUGAAGCUCUAUAAAGUUCUGAUCAAUAUCUACGAAAUAUCAGGGUCUAGGGCUAGCCUUCGAGAAUGACAUUAUUUCACAUCUUAAAGUAUGGUCUGCUAAAUUGGCCUAACGCUAUUCAUUUCCAAGUUUUCCAAUACUAUGAGCUUAUUUUAAGUCUAGCAUGUUUUAAUACUCUGAUCGUAUUUGAUAUACACACUGUUAAAAUAGUUUUGAACAUUCAGCUGUUAAAUUCUGUAGCGCAGUAACUACAGUUAACACUGCAUUCGAUUUUAUUAACUUAUUUCAACAAAAUAAGGCAUAUACAAUAGCAUUAGUUUAAAAUUGUUGUUACUGCAUAUGUCGGCGACCGGUCGUAAGAUUUAUUUGUAAUAUUUUGACGGUAACUCAUAUUAAACCAAUCAAAAUGUAAUGAUAAUAGCUUCAUAAGGACGCCCAAAGGUCAAAUUAUUCAGAAAAAGUAGCCCCGCAUAGCGGGCCUUCGUCGCGUCGACUCAGGGAUAAAAAUUUCAUGAACUACCGGAUAUUACGAUCUGCCGCCAACAGAUAUAAAACCUCCUGAGUCCUGGUAGCAUUUGUUUUGUUUUUGAAUUUGUAACUUUCUGUUUCUUAAUAAAAAUUCAAAAAAAUGUACAAAAAUUUAUACUCGAGGACUUGGGAGGAUAAGCUCAUUUUAUCAAGGCCAGUAUAUAGGCCAUACAGGGCUUAGAUAAACACGGCACACCAAUUUAUAAUCAAUGUGAUAUCACUCAACCAUUUGUAUAGUAUUUAUUGUUUUUAUACAGAAAUUUUAAUAGGUACUCAUACAUUUGAACCAUUCCAAUUUUCACUGAACUGAUAAGUUAUCAUGAAAUUAGCGCGUUAAGUUUUAAAAUUGCCUAAAUUUAAAUUGUCGCGAAGUUGCGUAGCUUUAUUGCUCUAACACCAAGGACCUAUUUCAUAUAAAAUUAAUGUAGUCUGAUGUAAUAUUAUAAAAUAUUAUGGUGUGUACGGGCGGUCAGAAUGAAUAAUUUUUUACAUUGACCCGAGCUCAAUCUGUAUCGUAUGCGCAUAACUCCUUGCAUUCGACUCGGAGUGUCUUUGACAGUCGGCAUGGACGAAACAAGAAUAUAAUAAAUACGCGCAUGUACCUAAUAGAAAUAGAAACAGACUAAUCAAUGUAUGCAAUUAUUCAUGCUAAGCAUGGUUACUUUAUUUAUCGCAUGAAACAGGUCCAAGUACUGUAAAUUUUGCCAGUAGCUAGUCCGUCCCUUCGCGGCUUUGCUCGCUUCCGAAACUCAAGUUUCGCGAAGGAUUUUGAUACAUUUAUUUCAAUUUUAAACUUUGGAAUUGUAAUUAUAAUAAUUGACUGUAGCUUACUUCUUUUGUCAUACAUUUAUCGACGUUUGAAUAGCUUGUUAAAAUUAGUAACUAUUGAACCAAUAUUAUUAAGAUUUAGAAAAGCCUAGGAUGUGAGACUUCAGUUACACAACAAGGCAAUAAAAUAAAGCACCAGGAGAAAAUUCCAGUCAAUGAAAAUAGUUCUUUAGAAUUAGUAACUUUACUAAAUAUAUGUAGUGAGUAACUUAAGCUUCCUGUCUUGAAAUCAACUAAACACAAUACGAAACUAUAGUGUGUUCGAUAUAUUCAGAUAGAUACGCCAAAAACUAUGUGAUGAGUAGUUGAAAAUAUCAGUUACAAACUUCGGACCAGUGACUGUUUGUUAUCUAGUUUGUUCUUGUAGAAUAUUGAGGUGUCUUAGAUUGUUGGUGCAUGUCUACAGAGUUGUGUGUGGUGAGAGAGACCUGAGACGCUGUACUGCUAACAAAAAAUCGAAAUGCUUCUUCAAAAUAAGGUUCUUUUUUGAGACAGUUACGGGUAUUACACUGCGAACUGGCUCAGUCGGGAGCUUCAACAAUCGUGGUGAAUUGCAAUGUAAAUGAGAAUUCACAAGAGCUGGCACAGAUGGAGUGAAUGAAUGAAUGAAAAUAUCUAUGUGUGUGACAGAUAAAUCAGUAAAUUAGUGACUCCUGACAAUUAGGACUUUAUACCGAUAAAAGUGUCACUCAUACAAUCAAGUUGUCGGUUCCUCCAUUCGUGUCAGCUUUCGGAAAUGAUAGUUUCGUUGGACCUACUGACUGCGCCAGUACGCUAAUAAUGUAUAAGGUAAUAACAUGGAAUUAGUACCUUAAUGUCGAACAAUGCAGUGCAGGCUGGGGAACUCCUUCAAAUGAAUGUUCUCAGCAAUUUUUUUUUCACCUUGACAACUAACUACUUUUGAAAUUACUCACAAGACCAAUUUUUUAUUAUAUUGGAAAAAAUGUAACUAAAUAGUCCUUUGAUCUCUCUCAAUAUAUACAACUAAACUUGUUGUAACUGUUAAAUUUUAACAAUUUCCAUGUUUUCAAAAUAGAGGAUAUAAUUAUCGAGAUGCAGAUCUAUUUCAAUAUUCUUAGCAAUAGUUAUAGGCUAUAUUAUGAAAGAACAAAUCCUGUAAAGAAAUUGUAUCAACACAUUCCCUAUAAUGCUUACGAUGGUCAUUUACAUUCACAACAAAUGUACUUUUAUCCCUUUCACGCCCAUUGGCGAAAAAGAAAGAGAUAUAGAACAAUUGUUAAUCUACGUGACCAUCAUAAGAUAUCUUGUAACUUUAGUUUGUUUGUAUAUUGGGUUCAUUUACUCGCAUAGUUAUUAAGAAUUGCAGAUUGUAAAGCGUUACAGUUACCCACAUUACCGCAUGCGAUGCCAUACAUUAGUAUUAUUUAAACAGUUACAGUAUGUGUUUUGUUAAGAGAAAGUGGUAUAUAUGUGUGCUUGUGAGUUCCGAACAGCUCCAAAUGUUUGUUAGUCUUUGUUUAAAGUAUUGUUUCAAGGUGCGCUUCUUCCUACAGUAAAAGUUAGCUACUUGUAUUACUGGAAAGGACCUUGCACAAGGACCUUGAUGGAAAUACAUCUGGUUUAAGCAAAAUUCGCUAGUUCUGUUGUUUCGAUGGAUUGAGUUGGAUUGAGUCACGAUUCUCGAUCGAUUUUACUGCAGCGUUUUUUAUUUAAAAAUACUUGGAAGAAAUCAAUCGUUCCAAGUAGAGAAACAACAUUCGAGCUUAAAAUUGGGGCGCCGGUUAAAUUUGCCAUGAUUGUAUUACAGCUACCAUCUCUUAUCUGAAAAUAGUUAAUGUCGAAUUUUCGAUUCGAUUUUCGCAAAGUAUUUCUUUCCCAUCUCAACUGAUAAUGUUACUGUAUACGCACAGUUGAUUUUUCGCGCUCUUGGAUACAUUAUAUCUGUUUACGCAUUCCAGACAUGAAAAAUGCUCCAAAUUACGUGAUCAAAUCAAAGCAAAGCAAUUCAAUAUUCAAAAGCUUAUGCAUACGUAUCUACCAUAACUAAAGGAUUACCUACAUUAUAGGCCGUCAGUUAGAUAAUCAAAAAAAUUUAGACACGUAUUUUUUCUUUUUUCUCGUAAACGAAAAAUGACGACGGUACAGAGUGCAUUGAAGUUUCGCGUGACGUCACGCCUAGGUACAAUUUUUACUUAGAAGUUAGAAGUGACG